CUCUCUCUCUCUCUCUCUCUCUCUCUCUCUCUCUCUCUCUCUCUCUCUGUCUCUCUCUCUCAACCUUCAGCGCAAACACAAAGAGGAAGAGAAAAUCUAUAUUGGUCCCCAUUAAGAGACUGCGCCUCGGGCUUCAGCUCUAGACGCGCCUGCGGUCAUCUGAACGAGUCCGUCGCUUCUCCGUACAUCCACCUGCUCGCGACACAUCACCCGAGAAUCGAUCCGUUCCUCCGGCGAGUCAUGGCGGGAGAGGCCGAGCGGAACAGCUGCGUCCUGCGCGAUCUACGGCAGCGGGCCGGUAACGACACCUGCGCGGACUGCGGCGCUGCAGAGCCGGACUGGGUGUCCGUGACGCUGGGUGUGUUUGUGUGUCAGGGAUGCUCGCUCAUCCACAGAAGCAUUGAGAGCCUCAGACAGGUGAAGUCUGUGCUGCAGGACACAUUUGAAGAUAAAGAAAUCGAGUUUAUCGCAUCUAUGGGGAAUGAAGCAGCAAAGGCCAAGUACGAGCAGCUAGCUCCUCCGUUCUAUCACCGGCCGUCCCACACAGACUGCAGGAUUUUGAGGGAGCAGUGGAUCAGAGCCAAGUAUGAGAGACAGGAGUUCAUACACAUCGAGAAACAAGAGCCUUAUUCAGCAGGUUACAGAGAGGGGCUUCUGUGGAAGCGUGGUCGAGACAACGGACAGUUCCUCAGUCGCAAGUUCAUUCUGUCUGAACGAGAAGGAGCGCUCAAGUACUACAACAAGCAUGACGCCAGAGAACCAAAGGCCAUAAUGAGGAUUGAGUCCCUGAAUGCUACGUUCCAGCCGGCUAAGAUAGGGAACCCGUGCGGCCUGCAGAUCACCUAUCUGAGAGACAACAGCACCAGGAACAUCUUUGUGUAUCACGAGGACAGUAAGGAAAUGGUGGACUGGUUCAUGGCGAUCCGAGCAGCCCGCUUUCAUUACCAGAAGGUGGCAUUUCCCGGAGCUAAUGAUGAGGACCUGGUGCCCAGACUGACCAGGAACUUCAUGAAGGAGGGCUUCAUGGAGAAAACAGGCCCAAGGCACACGGAGGGCUUUAAGAAAAGAUGGUUCACCAUGGAUGAUAGGAGACUGAUGUACUUUAAAGAUCCUUUGGAUGCGUACGCACGCGGCGAGGUGUUCAUCGGCAGUAAGGAGAACAGGUACACCGUGGUCUCUGGGCUUCCGGCCUCGAUCCAGGGAUACCACUGGAAGUACGGGAUCACCAUUGGAACGCCGGACAGGAAGUUCCUGUUUGCUUGUGAGACCGAGGCGGAGCAGAAGGACUGGAUCGCAGCCUUUCAGAGAGUCGUCAACCGUCCCAUGAUGCCGCAGGAGUACGCAGUCGAGGCUCAUUUCAAGCACAAGCCUUGAUGCUGUCUGUGAAGCAGGAGCGACGGACUGGACAGUGUCUCGUGAAGCGAGCCUUCCUCUCUUGACCUAGCACUGACCGGACUGUGCUGAACACGGCUUCAUCGUGAGGCUCGUCUAGAACCACAGCAGCGUCAGCCGAGCUACUGUAUAAACAUGGCAUGUGAAUGAUGUAACAUAACAUUUAAUCACAAGUACUACACACCACAGUGCGUUUCGACUGAUGUUAUUUACUGGACUUUGAGUCUUAGUGGAUCCUCAGACACUACACAGGGGGACUUUCUGAUCAUCUGGAGCUUUCCUUCACAGUUCUUGAUCAUUUACUACUUCUGCUGUCUGUAUGUCUGAUGAUCUGUACACAUCAGAAACACACUUCUUGAUUCCUCCUCCUCCACUAGGUGGAAGCACAUCACAGAUCAAGAUGCAUGCGCUCAUCACGGUUUCUUUUUAUGCAGAAUAGGGUUGAUAUUAGCCAUAAACUGAUAUAUCGGCCGAUAUUUGGCCAUUUUGAGAUUAUCGGCUGAAAACCAAGUUCCCUUGAAUGAAUGCGACUAGUGAGAGUUCUCCUUAUCUUAGUCUAUAGACACACUAUAUUUAAGCCUAAAUGUAAGAUUUACUGUAUGCAUUUGAAUUGCAUAUAAAAUUAGGAUUUUAUACAGGUUUAGCAUUAACAAACCUAAUAGACUUAAGGUGAUGCAUAUCUGUCAGUCAUACAUACAUUUAAAUUCUGUGAUGUGUUUAUAACCAGGUUUAUAUAUUUAUUAAUAAAUCCAAUUCGUUUAAAUAGCUUAACUGCAUAAAUGUGAUUGAAUUCACAAAUGUAUGCAUAUUACAAUAAAUUGCAUUUCGAAAGAGCUGCUUAAUUAAAUUAAAUAAAAAAGAUGCAAAUAUUUAUUAAUAAACUAUGAUUUUUGCAUUCAGAAAUCCGACCUGAACUGACAAAUACAGAAUGCAUCACAUUUGUUUAUUUUUUUUCUGCACUUCAAAUACAUAAAUACUACAUUUAGGUCUAAAUAUUUUGAUGCAAACUAAGCAUCUAUGUAAUUAUAUAUAUGUGUAAUUAUUAAAUUGCAUUGUGUAUGUAUGAUUCUUGAUUUCAGCCAGACUGCAUCUGUUGAAGAAUGCAUUAGAAUAUUCUACAGAUUUGAGGAUAUGGAUAUGAAUGGUGUAAUAAUCACAGGCUGUCUCCUUCAGGUUAUGAUGCUAUUCAGCUGUUUUUCUUCCGAUUUGUUUCAGAUAAGAGUUAGUGAAUGUUCACCAACAAACACGUAUCAUGGUGGUAUUACCACAGGUUUGUUUUUGGGGACUUAGAUAAUGUACCGUACAUUAUCAGCUUUAAUAAAUAAGUGCACAUGAAA